UCUCGCUUACUUUAAAGGGCCCAAUUUUCUUAUUUCGCGCAAUUGUUUUUCUUUUUCCUUUUUGGAUUUCAUUUUAGACAGAGAGAGGAGAGAGAGAGAGAGUGAGCGAGAGAGCGGGAAGCUCUGAAGGUUUCGAAAAUGGCGAGCGGAGCAGUGAGAGAAGAGAUGGGGACGAACAAUCAGGAGAAACGAGACGACGUCGUAGCUAUAGAUCUUCCAGCUCCCGAUGGCUGGAGGAAGAAGUUCACUCCAAAGAAAGGUGGAAGUGGAACUCCUCGGAGAAACGAGAUAGUGUUUAUUUCUCCUACUGGCGAGGAGAUCAGGAACAAGAAACACUUAGACCAGUAUCUCAGAUCUCACCCUGGAGGUGUUUCUGCCUCUGACUUUGACUGGGGCGCAGGUGACACUCCAAGGCGUUCAGCAAGAAUAAAUGAGAAAUCAAAGGCAACUGAAACACCAGAACCUGAGCCUCCUAAGAAAGUGCAGAAAAAAUCAAGUUCAAAGAAGGGAGUGAAAAAGGAGGAAGAAAAAAUUGGCGGGGAAGGUGAGAAUGCAGAAGAUAAAGCUGCUUCUGUAGAAGAAACCAAAGGAGUUGCAGAAGUGGAAAUGAAAGAUGUGGAGGAUGCAGGUAACCUUAACAAAGGAAAGGUUGCUAGUGAGGAAGCUAUUGCAGCUGAGGAUACUGUUAAGGACUCUCAGCAGAAAACCGAGAUAAAAACUGACGAGACAGACAUGGAGAAGGUGGAGAAUCCAGAAGCCAACACCGAGGAAACUUCUGUUGCAAAGGAAGAAGAUGCUGAGAAUAAGUCACUGCCAAUGCCAGGUCUGGAGGAAAAUAAGGUGGAGAAUCCAGAAGCCAACACCGAGGGAACUUCUGUUGCAAAGGAAGAAGAUGCUGAGAAUAAGCCACUGCCAAUGCCAGGUCUGGAGGAAGCGAAGAAAGAGCAGACACAGCCUGAAGCUCCAUCCCAAGCUCUGGUGCCCGGUGAGACUGCAAAGUCCGAGCAAGAAGAGAAAAUCAUAAUGGAUGCAGCACCUGAGGUGCCUGAUGCAAAGCUUGCCAAGGAGUCUGAGACUGUUGAAGUGGAACAAAAGGAGAGUGCUGCAGAGGAAGUGGGCGAUAUUGUUGUUAAAGCAGACGGUGACAGCCUGAAGGAGGAGGGCCAAGAUGGGGGGAAAACCGUGGAAAGUCACUCAAUCAGUUGUGGUGAUGCAGCUCAUGAGCCCAAGGCAUCUCAAGUUAGCUGCUGAAGUCUCUUUAGGCUCCAUGUAUUCUUAUAAUUACUAAGCCCACAGAGUCGUUAAGUUCUUUUCAUCUACUCUUUUUGUUCAGUUAGGUAACUGACCGAUAAUGAUAUAUGUGUUCUGCAAUCGGCAUUAGGUUUCUUAGAGCAAUUAAUUGAUGCUGUAUUAACAGUUAUUAUCGUAGUCAGUUGCACACGUUUAGAUAAACUUGUUAACUUGGUAUUGCACAAUUCUUGACAGUGCUUGCCUGUAAUCUUAGUAUCUGUUCAUCUUGUAAACCUUAUGCUAUAUUUACUUUUUCCUA